UAUUUAAUGAGCAAAUAGGUAACUAAUAAGUAAUUAUUAAAUUCGAUGUUUUCAAAAACGAUCACAACUCACAAGUAAUAAUAACUCACCUUGUUGACGUGGUUACACUGUAACCUUGGUUUUAUCAUUGACAACUCGAAAAAUUUUCCAUAGAUAAUGGUUUAUCACGAUCAACACUGAACGGUCCGAACGGUGAACAUCAACAAAACUGCGGGUUUUUCGUUGCAACGAAUCCGUAAUUUAUAAUUUCAAUUUAUUUAUUUUUUUUUUUUAGUCUGGGCUCAAAUGUCGCAAUGAAAGUUGGCUAAUCGGACGGCCGUUAUAUCUUUUAAUAUUAUUUGAGAAAAAAAAAAAUGAGCAACCUUUUAGUUUACAGAACGCUGUUAAUAAAAUUUGCUUUUUCGUCAUUACUAAUUUUUAUGCACUUUCUGUAUGCGUUAUAUUCGUGGUUCAUCGACCAGACGAUAUUCAAACAGCCAGAUCCUUGGCAGAAUCGUUCCAUCAACGGAUACAAGAAGUAUCAGUUGAAAAAGUUGCCAAACCAUCUCGUAGUGUCUGUGUGCCAGGAGGAGGUGUUCUAUGAAUAUUUGGCCAAGUUGCUGGCAUGGGCGUUGUUCCUAGAAGUACCCGUCGUCAGUUUUUACCAUAACGAAAACGGUAUAUCUCCAGAAGAAUUAUUUUUUGCGUUCAGAGAUCAGUACAGUAGCUUAUUAAAAGAAAUUAAUUGGGGAUUAGAAUUCAAUGAUAACAUAAAAUUUGAAUCAAAAAAAUGUAUUAAUGGAUAUAAAUGGGAACCAAGAAUUGAAGUCAACAUACUGACAUCUAAACAUUCUAAAUUACAAUUAGUAAAUGCUUUGCGAACUGUGUGCAGCACAGAAGAAGAAUUCUCAGACACUUUAGUCGAUGCAAUUAAUAAAACAUUCCCCAUGGUUGAACCUGAUUUGGUUGUAAUCUGUGGCAAGUCAUGUACAACAUUUGGUUUAUUACCUUGGCACACCCGUGUCACUGAAUUUUUAACAUUGAAAACACAUUAUAAAGUCACAUUUUUAAAGUUUUACAAAUUAUUGGAACAAUAUAGCAGAAAUGAACAAAGAUUUGGAAAAUAAAAGUUUUUGUUAGAUUUUGAUAACUAAAUUUAAGUGUAAAUAAUAGUUUAUAUUGUUCAUCAAUUGUUUGGACAUUGUUAUUAAAAGAAUAUUUGUUUCUUAAUAAAUUAUUUAUUCAAAUCAAAUCAAAUUUAUGUACAAAAAUAUUUUUAGAUAUCAUUCAAAUGGUUAGAGUUAAAAAAAAAAAUACUUAAAUGUUUGUCAUAAACUGUACUGAGAUAGUGAGAUAGUCUUAUUUAUUAAUAACAUAUUAACUUAUGUGAAAUAUGUAGUCCAUAACUAAAAUUUGUUGAUAUAGAUUUUGUAAUUGAGGUUAGAAAGACUUUAGAAUACAAACAUGCUGGGUUCUUUAUAUUAUAUUUUUAUUUGGUUGUAGAGUGUGAAUGUAGAGCAGUGUUUCUUAACCGCUGUGUCGACAGGUAAGUCCAAAUGUGUCGCGGAAAGUACUAAUAUUAAAUGCAUGAAAUUUGUUGACACUAUAUUUACAAAAAUUAAUAGGUAUUAUUCUUAUUUUUUCUUUUAUUGUGUGUCACAAAGUAUGAACAUUUUUAAUAGUGUGCAGCCAUAAUACAAAGUUUGAGAAACACUGAUGUAAAGGUUUUGAUCGUAAUAAGGAAGUAAUAGCCAGAAAAACUUCCAAUGUUAGUCAGUGUGUACUAAAUAAAUAGCUGGUAUAGUUUGAAAUUAGUAAAAAUAUUUUUAAAACUUCAUUAUAUUAGGAAAGUGACAAUGUAUAAUGAACUAGAAGAAAGUUUGAACUAAUAAAUGUCUACAAAAACAUAUUUACUAUCACAAGCAAAUAACCAAGAUCUGCUGAGAAAAUUUUUAUAUGUUUGGCUUAUAUAAUCAGUUUUGUAAAAAACAUCAUGAAUAGAUGAAUUAUGAUACAUAAGUUAUGAGGAACCUAUGUAAAUUUUCAAUUUUACAAAAUAAUGUCUGUAAAUAGCUUGAGUCAAACCACUUAAAAUGCUAUUACGUCUAUAAAAUAUUAGAGUAUAAGUGUUUUAUUAAAAUUUUAAGUCAUAAUUUUCUUUCUUGAAUUACAAAAUAAACAUUAAGUAUUGAAAAUUUCCCAUUUUUAAUGUUAGAUGUUAGAUUGCAAAAAUGAUAUAAUGUUAAAUCAAAAUGUGAUAAAUGACACAAAAAACCCGUCCUCCGCUUAGAGAAAAAGUGUAAUAAUAAUUAUGGUAAUCAGCAAAAAAGAACAAUUUAAAACAAAUAUAAAUAUAUUAAUUGAUUUUUAAAAUUAAGUGAUUAAUUACACGAUACACACAUAGAAAUUGAAUGAAAAUAAUUAUUCCCCCAAAAUUAGUGGGGGUCCUGAAAAAAUGAAAAAUUAUAUUUCAUAAUAUGUAUUAUUAUAAAUUGUAUAACUUUAUAUUAUAAGCGUCUGGGAGUCCAGACCUGUAGAUUCACCACUGUGAUACCUCCUUGAUAAUCGGGACGUCUGGUUACACUAAAACUAAGUUUAUAUAAUCAUAAUUCAUAGAUACUUAUUACAAUUUAUUUUAUUGACUAAUGUUAUUAACUCUUGAGAUUAUAAUACCUUAGAUCUUAAUACUUUAUUGUAAAUGCUCAUAGGCAUUGUUUUGAGAAAAAAAUAAAACAAAAUUUAAUACAUUAACA